AUGGCGCCGCAGGCUCCAGGAAGAUUUACUCGGCAGCCACAGCCACAGAUGCCGCAGGCUCCUGGCCGAAGGCCGCCAAGACUACCUGCUCCUGUGAAGCGAGAAGUUUCUGAAUCCGCGUCCCGUAGCUCGCGGCUGCGGGUCUACACAGAAGCGGAGCAGGACGAUAUUGGCAUCUCAACAUUGUUGGGUGAAUACACCGAGCAAGGUGUGAAUCACGGAUAUCCCACCUACCAGAAGGUACUGGAGAACUCGGACGAGGUCAAUGUUUUCGUGUACUUCUGGGACAGUAGAGACGGGCCGGAGUUUUCCGGCUGGUGGUUUGGUGAUUCAGUUGGAGGUCAACAAGUAUGGUCUCGAUCAGUUGAAAAAAGUGAAGCUGCAGACAAAGCAAAAGUUCCUCCAAGUCGAGGAUGGCGAGUACCCUGGGAUGCAGAAUGUGUAGAGGGACUGCUGAUUGUGGAAGUCAUGGAUGCCAUGGUGCAGCCUGUGACCAAUGGACCUACACCCACUGCCCCUACUGCGCCUCCACCCUCCAAAGCAAACAAGCCACAAGGGCCUGCCCCAGUGCCCAUCAUUACACCUCAGCUUAUCAAGCCCAAGAUUCAGCCCACAGACUCUGAUCAGUCUGUGAUGUUAGAGCGCAUCAAGCUUGCCUCUGACCGCGUUGCGGCAGCAGAGGCUGAAGUUGAGCAGGCGAUUGCCAGCACACGGCGGACGUUGGCUGCACAGGAGUUGGAAGAAAGCAGCCUUGCCGAUGCCGAUACAGCCCUUCGUUCCCAGCUGGAGAACGUGCAGAACGAGCAGAAGCAACUUGCCAAGGAGCUCAGUGAAGCUCGAGCAGCAAAUUGCAGCCAAAGCAAUCUGGGAGAACUCGCCCGGAUGAUGCCUCGGCUCAGGCAAAGCCUGGUGAAGGUGGAAGCGGAGCUGGCCAAGGUCAAGAACAACCUUGCCAAGGUCAGGGCCGACGCUGUGCUUGCGAAGCAGCGGGUCGAGGCAGUGGAAGCAGCCGCUGAGGCUGAGCAACGCGAUGCUCGGGCCUUUCAGGCUGCCUUGCCUGAGGCGAUGGAGAUUGUCACCCAAGCAGAAGAUGCAGUCGAGACUGUGGCGAUCCUUGCAGCAGCCAUGAGUGUGGAUGACGAGACUGAUACCAGCGAGGCACAUCAAGUGCAGGCCAUUCAAGACAUUGAGACGCCCGCAGCCUAUUGGGCCUAA